AUGAGACGCACGAAUGAAAUUUCGCUACUAUUUCUCGCUGUUGUCGUUGCUCUUUCAAGGGCUCAUGUCCGAAUAACUUUUCCUGUAGCCAGGCAGCCUGACUUCGAUUUUCUUGACAACAUCCGGACACAGGGACCAUGCGGCGUGAUGCGAUCAGAUGGUGGUCCUGUGACAAGUCUUCGUAGCGGCCAAUCUAUCAACGUAACAUGGCAUUUGGCAUAUGCACACAGGGGUGGUGUGAAAAUAGAUAUGCUAGAUUACAAUGGUGAUGUUAUUUACAAUCUCACUAAUGGUUUUCUUAAUCAAGAUGAUACCACUUCACAGCAAGUGGAAGUCACAUUGCCAGAGUUCGGAUGUAAUAACUGUACAAUACGAUUAUUAAGACAGGCAGGGGAGUGGACUACAAGUAGAGAUGAGGGAUAUAUAUUCUGGAGUUGUGCUGAUGUCAUAAUAACUGAUAAUGCAGAGUGUGGUAACGAACCAGAUACAAAUACAGAGUGUUUUGAAUCAGGAAAUUGUACGGAUGGAACCUGUAUGUGUGAUGCUGGUUACUAUGGUGAUUAUUGUCAAUACUCUGAUGAAUGCGUAUCAAGUGCAGACUGCUCCAAUCAUGGCCAAUGUCUGGAUACCAUGGCAACAACUUCCCCACUGAAAGUAUGUUAUUGUGAGCAAGGAUGGUUUGGAAAUGACUGCAGUAAACAGAAUCCAAGUGACUUCAGCGUUAAUUUCAAGAAACGUGAUUAUUAUCACCGAGAGUUAGUUUCUGGAUUUGAUCUAUAUUGGAAGAUUCUGCAGAAUAGAAAUGAGGUUGAAAUUGCUUUAGAAGUGGAUUCCACAACAUGGAUUGGACUUGGAUGGAAACCUACAGGAUUGACAAGUGCCUGCAAAGACUUCCCUGUAGAUUACAGAAGUGGGCGUGUUUCUUCUGGCAGCAUACGUAGGACUCGUAGAAGUUUCAACUUGCCAGAUAUCCAAGAUAAACCAGAUAUACAAGUACAACUCUUGGAUCGAUUUCGAAGAGAUGUCAUGUAUACCUGUGAAACUGCUGUAGCUCCUGAACCAGAGGGGGAACCAGAACCUUCAGGUGAACCAGAGGGAGAACCAGAACCUUCAGGUGAACCAGAGGGAGAACCAGAACCUUCAGGUGAACCAGAGGGAGAACCAGAACCAUCUAGUGAGCCAGAGGGAGAACCAGAACCAUCUAGUGAGCCAGAGGGGGAACCAGAACCAUCUGGUGAACCAGAACCAGGUCCGGCUGCAAACUUGCAUCCCAUGGACUGUACUGACCUUGUGAUUGGUUCUGUUAAAAUGGGUUCACUGAGUCAUAUCAGUGACUUCUACACCAGAGAUAGGUCAACACCUCGAUAUGAUGAGUUUUAUAACAUGGGUACUGAUGGUAUAUUGGCAGCGGAUGGCAAAGAAGUUGAUGGAAAAACAACUAUUGUAUUUAGAAAGAAACUUUUAGCAUCUGAGAUGUCGGAUCAUUCAAUAAGUAACAGUUUAAUGAGUGUGAUAUGGGCACGUGGUCAGACUCCUGGUGAUUACUGGCAUGCCCCUGCAUCUGGUAUAGAAAGCUGUAUGGCAGAGGAUUACAUGUUUUACCGGGUGGAUGAACUGAAAUACCACGGUACAAGAGCAGAUCAGAGAGGAGUCACUACAAUGAAUUUCUAUGAUGACCCAGAUGCAACAUCAGUUAGUGGCCCCUGCAGAGGAGAGUGGGCAACCCCAACAGGUUGUCAAGGUGGAGAAUGUGAUUAUAGAGCCACAUGGCUUUAUCAAAUUGAGGAUGAUACUAUUGUGUUUGAAAUUCAGUCCAAGAAUGGUCGUGACAGUAAUGGAGACGUGAAUUGGCUUGGCAUCGGAUUCUCUGAUGAUAAGUUAAUGGCUAAAAGUGAUAUGGUUGUUGGUUGGAUAAUGGACGACGGUCAGUUUGAGAUUACAGAUCGUUGGGCAACUGGACAUAACCAACCACAGAUAGAUUCGAAAGAAAAUUUGAUGAAUAAAGCUAUGUCUGAUGUCAAUGGCAUCACCACCAUGAAAUUCACAAGAAAACGAAACACGCAUGACAAUGCAGCGGAUGUUUCUUUCAGUGAUGAUGUUUGUCGUUAUAUGUUCUUUCCUGUAAGCGGCGGUAGCGUGACCAAUCAUAACAACAUAGCUAUUGGAAUUCAUAGCACAACACCUGUUGUAUCCGGUCAGAGAAUAUGUAUCAAAGCAUGCUCGGUAAUUGGUGUUGGUGGUGCUACAAGUAUUUUCCCUGCAAUGGUAGUUGUCAUGGUAACAAGUAUACUCAGCAUAGUGGUAACAAGAAUCUAAGUCUAUACCCAAGAAUACAUACUUCAAUG